AUGGCUGACAAUAAGCCAACUGAAGAAAUGCAGAUAUUCGAGCAGAAGAACAGCUCGGAAAGCGAGGUCGAGAGCUCGGGCAAAAAUGCGGCCGAUUUUGAGUUAACCGGACUGCAACUUUUCAUCGUCAUCUUCGGACUUGCGCUCGCGAUUUUCCACAUGUCGCUCGACUCUUCGAUUCUCGCAACCGCCAUCCCGAGAAUUACGUCGCAGUUCAAUAGUACAAGUGACAUUGGGUGGUAUGGAAGUGCUUAUUCAUUUGCCAUGUGUGCUUUGCAGCCUACUUCGGGGAAGUUGCUUGCGAGCUUUAAUCUGAAGUGGACAUUCAUUUCCUGCAUCGCUGUCUUUGAGCUCGGAUCUCUACUUUGCGCCCUCUCCAUCAACAGCCCCAUGCUCAUCAUCGGGCGCGCGAUUGCCGGCGCCGGCGCCGCGGGCUGUCUUACCGGUGCAUUUUGCAUUGUCGCCGUCUCACUGCCUCUCGAAAAACGACCCGUCUACAUUGGCAUCUUGCAGUCGACCUAUGGCGUCGCGGCCAUCAUCGGACCCAUUCUCGGCGGCGUCUUUACAGAGCACGCGACAUGGCGCUGGUGUUUCUGGAUUAACCUCCCCAUCGGCGCGCUGACAAUUUUCAUCCUGGUCUUCUUCUUCAAGCCGCCUACUCAAGACUCAACAAGUCGUCCGCCAAUCCUAGAAAGACUGGAGGGACUGGAUAUGUUCGGUCUCAUCCUCUUCGCGCCUGCCAUCAUCAUGAUCCUGCUAGCCGUGCAGUGGGGAGGGACCACCUACCCAUGGAAAAGCGGGACCGUCAUCGGGCUAUUCGUUGGUGGUAUCGGACUCGGUCUUGUCUUCGCGCUUUGGCAGGUUUACCGUGGUGAUCGUGCGAUGAUCCCACCACGCCUCGUCACCGAGCGGACGAUGUUCUUCGCCUGCUCGACCGAAUUCUUCGCCAUGGGUGCCGUCUUCAUCUCGAUCUACUACCUCCCCGAAUGGUUUCAGGUAAUUAAAGGAGCGUCACCCACAAAGUCAGGACUGAUGUACCUCCCACUCGCACUGUCAGACGUCCUCUCCGCGACACUGACGGGCGCCUCGCUGAAAUACCUCGGCUAUCCGAACCCGUACAUGAUCCUCGGAACAGUCCUAAUGAGUGUCGCGACCGGCCUAUUCUCAACCUUCACCAUGACAACGAAUCACAAUCUAUGGAUCCCGUUCCAGGUUCUCCAGGGUCUGGGUGUCGGCAUGACGCUCUCCAUGCCAUAUGUUGCGACGCAGACGGCGCUCAAACCUGAGGAUAUUGCUGUUGGCACGGCUAUGUUGCAGUCGUUUCAGUUCUUUGGAGCAUCUGUCUGGCUUGCGGCUGGUGAAUCGAUUUUUGAAAAUAAGCUUGUUGCGCAGCUGAGUGCUGCGAUGUUCUCGCAGAAGGAGAUUGAGGAGAUUCUUAGUGCGGGUUCUGCGGAGGUGAGAAGUGUCGUUCAGGAGGCCCAGCUUUCGGAUGUCUUGGAUGCGUUCAACUAUGCUCUGACGAAGACAUUUUAUGUUGCUGCUAGUGUUGCGGCUCUCUCAUUUUUUCUGUCUUUGGGUAUGAGAUGGAAGAGUGUAAAACCGCCGAAGCCGAAGGUAUCUUCUGCGGAUGUGGAGGCUAAGAUGUGA